AUGAAAGUGUUAGAAAAGAGUGGGAACGCCGCAGAGGUUGUAGCCUCCGUCUUGUCCUACUCCAUCUGCAGCAUGAGCAUGAUUAUUCUGAACAAGUUAGUCAUGUUCACGUAUGGGCUAAACUUUCCUAUGGGGCUACUUCUCAUUCAGAACUCCGGUGCGGUUCUUCUUGUGUCAUUUGGAAAGUAUAUGCGUUGGCUUCAUUAUCCGGACUUCAGUCUGGAGAUAACGAAGAAGUGGAUUCCGCUCACAUUUCUCUUCGUGGCCAUGCUGUGGACAUCCAUGAAAAGCCUCCACACAAUGUCUGUGUCUAUGCAGACAAUUAUAAAAAACCUUGCCGUUAUCUUCACCGCCUUUGGGGAUUCAAGGUUUUUCAAAAAACGUGUCACCCCGAUUAUGUAUUUUUCCUUUUGUCUUAUGAUUUUGGGAAGUUAUAUGGGAGCCAAAGGAGACCAAUGGGUGACCGCGUGGGGUGUCUUCUGGACGUUUGCCAACAUCGCAGCAACGGUAAGCUACACAUUGUAUAUGAAAUUACUUUUGGGGGACGUAAGCGCGCAAAUUGGACGGUAUGGACCUGUGUUCUACAACAAUUUGCUUUCGCUGCCGUUUAUUUUGGCCGCGUCCCUCAAAUCCUUCCCUGACAUGCUAAGCGGGUUCUCCGAGGCCACUUUCGGCGCACUCUUCGCCGUCGUUGCAAUGGUUUUCGCAGGGUCAGUGAUGACCUUCACAGUCUUUUGGUGUAUGAAGGAGACGUCGCCCACCACGUUUAGUGUUGUUGGCGCCGUUAACAAAGCCCCACUGGCUAUCAUGGGGAUGAUCGUGUUCAAACAGUUUCCAACUGCUACCGGUUACCUGGGCAUCUUUUUGGCCCUUGACGGGGGGCUCAUUUACGCCUUCACGAACGUCUCUCAUGACGCUAAGGCACAGGAACACCGCUCGGAUCUUGGCUUAUCCCCCAACGCAAACCGAGAACUCGAUGACGGGGCUGCUUCAGCCACAGAAAAACUUAAAAACGUUGUCUAG